AUGAAACUUGGAAGGAAAAACAACAUGAAAAAUAAAUUCGACUUCAUCUCCCAAACAGUUUCUGUCGAUCUCUUUGGUGCUCGAGAGAGUGCUUUCUGGCAAAAUGACAUAGCAAACGAAAGGAAAGAGCAACAGAGAGAUCUGUAGUAUCCCAUUUCGUCUUCUCUGUCGAAUUACCAGUGGUUGGAGCGGGAGAGAAGGUGGUUUUUCCUUGUAUGUGGAGAUGGACGAUGUUGCGGGUUUACAAGAGGCAGCUGGAGCCAGAUUUAGCCAGAUUGAGUUGAUUGGAAGAGGCUCUUUUGGUGAUGUCUAUAAAGCGUUUGAUAAGGACCUCAAUAAAGAAGUUGCCAUUAAAGUAAUCGACCUGGAAGAAUCAGAAGAUGAGAUCGAAGAUAUUCAGAAGGAAAUUUCAGUAUUGUCACAAUGUCGUUGCCCAUAUAUCACCGAAUACUAUGGUUCUUACCUUCAUCAGACCAAGUUGUGGAUCAUCAUGGAAUAUAUGGCCGGUGGCUCUGUUGCUGAUCUUCUUCAAUCUAAUAAUCCGUUGGAUGAAACAUCAAUCGCUUGUAUCACACGCGAUUUGCUUCAUGCUGUUGAAUAUCUGCAUAAUGAGGGAAAGAUCCACAGAGACAUUAAAGCUGCGAAUAUUUUGUUGAGCGAGAAUGGCGAUGUUAAGGUGGCGGACUUUGGUGUGUCUGCUCAGCUAACGCGGACAAUAUCAAGAAGGAAGACUUUUGUAGGAACCCCAUUUUGGAUGGCACCAGAAGUUAUUCAGAACUCAGAAGGGUAUAAUGAGAAGGCAGAUAUUUGGUCGCUCGGAAUAACAGUUAUUGAGAUGGCAAAAGGAGAACCUCCCCUAGCUGACCUUCAUCCCAUGAGAGUGCUUUUUAUCAUUCCUCGAGAAACUCCACCACAGUUAGAUGAGCAUUUUUCCCGUCAAGUAAAGGAGUUUGUUUCAUUAUGCCUGAAGAAGGCCCCUGCCGAGAGACCAAGUGCCAAAGAACUUAUUAAACACAGAUUUAUUAAGAAUGCUAGGAAAAGUCCGAAACUUCUUGAGAGGAUAAGAGAGCGGCCAAAGUACCAAGUAAAAGAAGAUGAAGAGACUCCUAGGAAUGGGGCCAAAGCUCCAGUUGAAUCAUCUGGUACUGUUAGGAUAGCUAGAGAUGAAAGAAGCCAAGGCGCGCCUGGAUAUAGUUUUCAGGGGAAUACCGUCAAAAAUGCUGGAUGGGACUUUACCGUUGGGGGGUCACAGAGUAUUGGAACAGUUCGUGCUUUAAAACCUCCUCAAGCAAGGGAGAGGCGCCAAGAAGUUUCUCCUAAUCGGAUUUCGCAAAGAACAACAAGACCUAGUGGUAAUCAAUGGUCAUCUGCGACUGGGAGUACAAUUUCUGAAGCUUCUGAAGGAGGUUUUGUCAGAAGACACCCUUUUCAGAAUGACCAUGAAGAUGGCUUCCACGAAGAGGACGAUUCAUCGCUCAGUGGAUCGGGAACUGUUGUCAUAAGAACCCCAAGAAGUUCUCAAUCAUCUUCAGUAUUCCGUGAACCAAGCUCUGGGUCUAGCGGCAGGUAUGCAGCUUUUGAUGAUGCUUCAGCAAGUGGAACUGUUGUUGUCCGUGGACAGUACGAUGACUCUGGAUCACCUCGAACCCCGAAAUCUAGACUAGGGAUUCAAGAGAGAACUUCGAGUGCAUCAGAAGAUAGCAACGCAAAUCUCGCGGAGGCAAAGGCAGCACUCGACGCAGGUUUCAGAAGGGGUAAGGCUAGAGAAAGACUUGGAAUGGGAAAUAACAAUAAUGAUGGGAAGGUUAACAGAAGAAGGGAGCAAAUGGCAGAUGAUUCUGACUAUUCAAGAAAUUCCGGCGAUAAGUCUAGUAAACAAAAAGUAGUUCCAAGGUCAGAACAAGUGAGUGAUGAAGAAGAUGACUCCAUAUGGGAAUCAUUGCCUGCAUCAUUGUCAGUGUUGCUCAUACCGUCCCUAAAAGAAGCUCUUGGUGACGAUUCUAAAGAAUCUACUGUGCGUACAGUGUCGAGAUCCCUUGUGAUGAUGGAACGUGAAAAGCCUGGUUCUUGUGAAGCUUUUGUUGCCAAGCUGAUUGAACUUUUGGGAAGUUCAAAAGAAGCUUCGGUGAAAGAAUUGCACGAUAUGGCGGUCUGUGUUUUUGCCAAGACCACACCCGACAAUGCAGAGAACAAAAUGAAACAAGCUAACAAGGAGUUUAGUUCCAACACAAAUGUUAGCCCACUCGGCAGAUUCUUACUCUCAAGAUGGCUAGGCCAAUCAUCACGUGAUCUUUAAUCCCCCACCCUGAGACAACCUACAGAGAUGGAAUCAUUGGUUUGUGCUUCUUUAUUUUCUUUGAUGCAUUGAUUUUUGGUAAUUUAUGUUCAUAGUCUGCUUUCAAAAUGUAUUUAUAAAUUCCUUUUUAAUUAUUUUUUUCGCAUUCCUUUCCCCAAGUUUUUAAGAGGAAUUUCUAUUCAUAGUUGUGUAUAAUCAAGGGUGUGGCUUUUUUCAAUUUUUUUGUAUUGUUACAAUUUACAAAUGUAAAAUCUCCAAGACCUUAUAUUUGAUAAACAAUAAUAUAGAUAUUUGACUUUUUAAUUUUUA